AGCGCUGGCUCAUCUGUCCACGAACAGACUUCAUUUUCGAGCAUUUGUGAUACGAAGAAGUCAAUGGCUCAUCUGCUGUUUUGAUGGGAUCGCUGCUUCUGUAACUAUCUGUUUCUGUUUUAUAUGUCUCUACCGCAUAAAAUACUCCUGCAUUGAUUGUGAAAAAAAAACAUCCAUGUUCACAAGAGAAGGACUAAAAUGCCUAGAAGAAGCAUGAUGAGCACCCCCUUUUCCCUCGGAGGCCAACGUCGCGGUAGUGUGGCAACCGUGAUAGCUGCCAAAACCGUGUACGUGUUGCUGCACCUCUACAUAAAGUCCUCGUUUGUAGUCCCGCUCGGACUCUCUACCUCCUCGCUGCUGCAGGGAGCGGCCCUCGCCGUGCGUACGAUUGGUUCUUCAACAUCCCACAACCUACAGAAGAACCUGAACCAGUCGAAUACGGUUUAUAACAAUGGCAAAGUCUAUUCCGACACGUCCCUGCGCCUUCCCGACCGAACGCAGAAGAGCGAGGAACGGCGGUGCCGCUUGCGGAAAUUUGUUACAACUAGUACAACUUCGAGCUCCGAUAAUAAUUGUAGUUGCGCAGGAGAACAAAAUCUUUCCGGUGGUGCGAGUAGCGCAACUAACACUGCUGGCGGUGCAGCUCCCUCUGGUGGAGCUCCAGGGAAUGCAGCUACAACAGAUGGACUAGAUGACCUACACGAUGUCGAUGUUGACCAGGCGCUCCUUCCCACACUCCCGGACAACAUCUUCACUGAUAACAUUAUGCCCUUCCUCAGCUCCAGACUCGGCGACGUCCGUCAAACAAGCACGAAGACAAUUGAGGAGCGGGUGCAGGAAGUAAACGAUUUACUGUCGUGGGAACACAAACAACAGAACAAGGACAAGAAACAGUUUCAGCCUUGGUGGCAAAACGACGACCCCCCCACGGUCUCCGCCGCUGCGAGAAUCUUGCAAGGGCGGACCACGUCCCUGCGCGAUCUGUGCAGCAGCAAGCACCGCUUCAGGUUUGCGCUGGUAUGGCGUUCUCAACUGUUACAUCCUCAACUGUUACAACAUGGAUUUGUGAUGCAAGAACUGCAACAGCGAAAUAGAGGACCUUGCGCUUCUUGCAUGACAGAUUUGGCAAAGAUUCUCAGCCUGUUGGGCUCGUCGGGAAUUUGUCAUGCGAAGCAGCUUGAUCGUGCCGAUUCUGAUUGCAACUUUGCAUGACAAAUCGUGUAACAGUUGAGGAUGUAACAUGUGAGAACGCCAUAGCUGGCGAACAAACAUUGCUACAAAAGUUUCCAUAUCCUGUGCAAAAGUGUCGUACUCGUAUUGCAAUCAUGCAUUACAAAUCUUUUUGUUGAGGUAAAUCCGCAUUACAAAUUUAAUUUCUCAUGCUGAGGAGUUUUUACGGGUACGAUACUAACUUUUGCAGUUCAUAUUCCAGGACGGGAUCGAAGAGGAGAAAAGAAAGAUCGAGGAAAAGGAACGCGAACAACGGAGGUUGCAGCGGGAGGCUGAGGACGAGAGGAUGCGUCGCAAUUCCGUGGCGGCUGGUGGCGGCGAAGACGAUGAAGAUUUCCUCCCACCCCGACGAGAAAUUUACCACGCGGUGCCGGUGUAUCGCGAACGGGAGGAGCUGAGAAGUGAGCCAGGACCUCUACCUCUGCACGACUUCGACGACGGCAGUCGUGCGGACCCGCCCGAGGGCAUGACGUGUUUUGGCGUUUCGAGCACGCAGUUUGAUGGCCCGGACGGACUAUCCUGUGCAAAAGUAUCGUAGUCGUACUAAUUGCAGUAUAUGCAUGACAAAUCUUCUUUUCAAAGUAAAACAGCAUGACAAAUUCCGUUUCUCAUGCUGAUCAAAUUUGUAAUGCAAUUUGUACUAGUACGAUAGGAUACUUUUGCAGUUCAUACGGACCCGGAGGUGGCCCCGAUCGGGAUGGCGGGGCGGGGCGGGUGCGAGUUGGUGGUGGGGCAAGGAAAAUUCUCCCACCUUCUGUGCUGGCCGCGACGGGGACCUGGGCCAACAACCACGCGACUGGUACUGCAACUAAUGAAGUCGGAGAUCACGAGACGGACUCCGCUGUGUCUGAUAUUGGUACACCUUCUUGCGGGAGUGAAGAUGAAGUAGACGAGGUGGAGGAAGGCGAUCUUCACUCUUGUAAUACUUCUGAGCAUCAAGAGCAUCAGGCUUGUUUUGUCGACAGAACUCGGCGUCGUGCUACAGCCGCAAACCCUUCAGUUCAUCCUACUGCAUCAGCCAGGACAACUCCGGUUCUGCGCCUUCAUCUUUCUCAACACGGCCGAGACGAUGCAGCCGGGACAGGAAAUUAUACCAAGCGGAUGAACCUCCGAGACAGCACGGGCCACGACGACAGUAGAAAGAAUUACAAACAACUUGCCCACAAAUUUGUGCAGGAUCUACGUGCAAGAAUUAUUAUGUUGGCGGGGACAGCAGAGCACCAGGUGGAUGCUCUUGAAAAUCAGCAGGUUGUUGUGGUGAACAGUGUUGGCGGAACCUCUACUAUGGAGAGAAAAAAGUUUGUCACAGUCACUCACUUGCAGGUUUUGCAUUACAAAUUUUCUCAGCAUCACAAACUUUCCCUGUAUUGCAGAAACACUAGGGAAAUCCCUAAUGAAGUUUGGCUGUGAUGCAUUUUUACGUAUGACAAACAAUUUUGUAUAUGCAAGAAUGCGCAUGAGUGAUCGUGACGUGAGUGAUCGUGACGGACUUGUUUUCUUUGAUAUCUACCACGGGAGGGAGCAGUAGCAGUUCCUCUUCUACUGCCUCUUCGAAUGGAACCAGAAGCUUUUUGCAAAACCCGCCGAAAUAACAUUGACGUGGCGACGGCAGUUAUCGCUGGUGGAAAUCGUGGAGGACGCGGAAAUACAGCUCUUUAAGCUAAAAGACUGUUUUUCAAGCAGCAGAAUUCACGAAUUUUGAAUGUGGCGGAGAAGAUUCAACAGAUCUUCGAUUUUGGAACUACAGAACAAUGAGAAAUGACAUUGCAGCCACUUAACUAAGUACUUACUUUAUUCUCCAGCCAGCAAGCUAGAGAACUUUUUGUUUUUCGGUGCGAAGUAAAAUGAACACAGUUCACAGUUCUUUCACUACAGUGCCUUAUUUACUUAAAACAGAAUUAUGUCCUCGUAGAGACGCACGAGCUUCGUGACGGGCUGGGAAAAAAUGAUAGGCCGUAUAAUAAAUCAAACGAAAAAGUAGAUGAGCUAUGCGGUAGCCAUACGGUAUGCAGAUACGACCAGCUUGAGCGCACACAGUUUUGAAGAAUUUGUUCUGAAAUUGAAAUCAAGAGGUUCUUCACGUUGAAGUUCCUCAAAUAGACUCCUCAUUUUGAGUAGAAGUCUCGCGUACUACGCGAACACUGUAAACUGUAAACUGUAAAC